AUGAAAAAAAAAAGAUUGGAGAUGCCGGGGAUCGAACCCGGGGCCUUUCACAUGCAAAGCGAACGCUCUACCACUGAGCUACAUCCCCUCUUGAAAGAACCUCUGAUAAAGCACUAAUACUUCUACUUUACCAUUCGAGUUGAAUGUAAUUGAUUAUUUAACAUCACGGAUUACGAUAAGGCCUUGAUUAUCCAAGUAAAUAUUUUCUAUUCAAGGAGUUAUAUAAUUGAAUCGCAAACAGAAGCAGCUGCCAUCGUCCGCCGUUUUAUUCUUAGCCAAUCACUUACAUUUCUUACAAUUGCGAAACGAUGCACCGGAUAGAUCGGGAAUGUUAAACCCGCGGAGAGAAGCGCGUUUUGUCAUCGCGGGACGAGGAAACCCGCGGACGCGAAGCGGAAUGAAAUUCACGCGAAGGAAUUUCCGUUCAUUAAGAUCGUUCCACUUUUCCGAUCGAAAGGAUAUCGCAACUGUUGCCGUGAUCGAUGCAUCGAACACGUUGUUAUCGACGGUUCUACACCGUUUUUCCUGCUAUGCGGUUUUUGUUCCGCAACCAACGUUUCAACGUUUCCCACGAAAGAGUUCGUUAACGGGGGUAUUAAAUAACUUUUGAAACUUUGUUGUGGGUGGAAGAGGGUAUUUUUAAAUUGAAGAAAAAACGUUUCUGCAUCCACAGGGAGAAUGACAAUGUAGCAAAGAAGGCCCCUAUGGAAGUCUGAUUCGAUCGCGAAAGGAGCACAGACCGCCGUCGUGUUUCUUACCAAGAAGCUUCGAUAUCUAACGGCCGUUCCUCGAUCCGAAUCGAGGAAUUAGCAAAGCAAAUAGGAGGAGGCUGCGAUGAUAAUAAGCGCGGAACGAAAGGCACGGAUUAAUGGGCCGGAUCGAGGGCCACCGUGGAAAGAGGGAAUGUCGUAAUCGCGAUACUGUGUCGAAAAAUUCGAGCGAGUCGUGGCUGUAACAGGGCCACGCUCUCGUAUAAUGCUCUAUUGUUGUUUCCACGAUAUCACUGGGUACACGAGAAAGGAAUAACGGAGAGGAAUCGCUGGUUCUAUCGUUGCCGAACGAUCGAGUCAAAGAAUUCCGAAGGCAUGCGACUCGUCAGGGACGAUUUCGCUAGAUCUCUACAUUCGCGGUGGUUAAAACGAGUUGUAUUAAUUAGGGAAAAGAUAGCCAAUCAAAUCGAUACCCGUCGCCGUUUGAUCGCGUUCGAGGGUGGAGAACAGGUCCGAGGCGAUGUCUGCAAAUAAUUUGCAACGAAUAUCCUCGAUUCACCACCCUCUGAUGUAACGUAUAGCGGCGUUCGUAAUGUUAGCCCUUGCCCACCCUGUGCACCGACAUAUGGUGCGACACGUGCGACCAAACAACCGGUUUCCACGCCUAACUACACGUUCUCUCAAACGUUACGAUACUUCAUUAGCACGUCUUCCAAAACGGCCAUCUUUCUCCUUUAAAACAAGAUCCGAAGGAGAAAUUUAUCGAUCGAUUGUAGCUCGAUUUUUCGAUUGCCAAGUUUUCAAAGUUAGUUAACCUGUUCUUUGCUGUUAAAAAUGAUCUCGGGAUCAAACGCAAGCUAGGGGCACAAGUUUGCCCGCGAGUGGAUGGGCACUAUGGGCACGCGUCUUCCCAACGUGACUAAUCGCCGAGUGCCGCGUAACCACACACGUGCUGGCUCGUGUACGUUUCCUUGCUAAUUGUCUACGCGCAAGGCGGACCGUCGAAAUCGCUUCCCGAUUAAUCAACGACCGAAGCAAUUACCGCACACGCUCGACCGGAACGAGCUCGAGGAGGAAUCGGUAUCUCGAAGGGUCCGCCACGCGCCACCAGAUAUCCCUACGACAUCCCUUCUCGAUUCUUCUUCUUUACCUUCUUUUAUAUCGCUUUUUCAGAAACAUGUUGGUUCCUUUAUCCGGCUCUGACCUUUGCAUAUCGAUUUUCUUUCUAACGAUCAAAAGUUUGUUUCAAGUUUGUUGCCCAGAAAAGGUGGCGAGUGAAACGAUCAGUCGAGCCGUGCAAUGGCUAAUUAGUUCUCAUCUACGCUUCUAAGGCUGCCGUCUCUUCUUACGUUGCACCGUUCUAUUCACUGUCCGUUCAAUUAGAGGUUAACCAAUUAACGAUGAAACGCCUUGGUAAAGGGUUCGCUGCAGCUGACGCGCACCCCUUUGGAAAACGCUCCAUUUCCUUCCGAUGCUUAUCGAACGCAACCUUAAUUUCCCUUUACCUUUGAAACACGUAUGUUUUAUAGAGGUUUUGAUUUUUUAUAGCUUCGGGUUUCAAUUUAAAAAUUUGCAAAUCUACAAAACUUAUUUUACAAUUUUUCAUCCACGAACGUAGGAGAAAGUGAACGAAAAACGUGACGUUUUUUGUUUUUUAUGGUUUAUGGGUACUUUCGACCAUCUUAUUCGGCUCUUUUCACGAUGCAACUUGACAUUCUUUCUUCGUCGACUUUGUUCGAUUAACAGGAAGCUCACCUUGGAAAGUGGUUCCGCAUGGUCUCGCGCCAUACCGUCCUCGAAUGAUAUUCGAGGCUGUCAGGAUUUUCUUCGUGCCAUUCGGUGACUUGUUCGUUGGAAACGCGUUUCCCUUAUUAUCAUUCAAUCGGCGAUACUCGAUCCUGUUAGUUUCGCGUAAUGCGUCACCACCGGUUGACUCAGACUCGAUUGAUGCGUGGAAUUAAUCCCGAAUCGUUUGGUUGGUAAUGAAAACGCGACGGAGAUUAGUUAUAUCGAUUCGAUCGCUUUCCUCCGGAUUUCUUCCCUUUACUGCUAUUCAUUUCCAAGCCUGAAAUUUAUUACGCUUUAUUGGGAAUCAUGAGAACGCGUUGAAAUAGUUGGCGAAAAAAUCGGAGCAAUUUUAAGAGAGAACGAAAGGAAAUGGUGAGCUCGCGAUCGCAGAGGAUCCAUCGAAGAUCCACGAGGUCGAUGACGUCAGAGACUUGGCGGGAUCAAUCGGAGAGUCAAGUCGCGAUAAUUGCGACAAUCGUCGGGAUGCUCCCCAACUAGAUGCUUAAUUCCGCUCCCUCGUUCGUCGCAACUCUCUUUCGCCGUUCAAUUUACGGCCCCUCGCGCUAUUUACUUAUCGCUCGGAAGAUUGCCGAUCGUUAAUUGCCCGGUUUUUCCACCUACAUUUCCCUCCGGAACGAAAGCGAACCCGAAAUCUUCUACCUAAUCAGGUUUCCACUUGGAACCACAUUCGAAAUCGUUUAUCUGGAAAUGAAAUUCGAUUGAAUAAGAAACGUUCCGCGAAUCAUAAUUGCGAUCGUUUAUUUCUCUUUGCGAAGCGUAUCGGAGAAGAUCGAGGAAAAAGGAGAGAGAGAGAGAGCAAAAGUCGCUGUGGAAUGUUAAAUGGACGGUGGAGGGAAGGUGGUGCAAUAUCGUAGCUCGCAAUAUCGAUUAAUUUAGCGGUCAUAAAGAGGUUCUGAAUCGGUUGUCGUGGGAGCGUCCGGUUUUUUCUCUACCCACAUUCGAUAAACGAAUCGAUAAACGAAUCGUUGGUGGUUCGUUUCCUCGAGCUAAGCGGACGGUGGAAAAAACGGGCCGCCGAUCAUCGGGGACACGAUAAUUGGCCGACGCAGCCCACGAAACGUUUAAUUAUCUUUAAGCGUACACCGUGUUCUUUCGUAGGGGAGCAUGGAGAACCAAGCUUUCGAGGAGGAGCAACAACCGCGGCUCGAAGAGACCGCGAAUCCGCGCUCCUUCAGUUUCCGUUCGUCGAGCAGGCUCGAAGAAACGGACACGGAUAACCACGUGUACGAGGACAUUUUACCCGGGAUAGAAGAAAUAUCGACGUCUUCCGACGUCGAGGAUCUUCGAUCAAAGACCAGCGUUCAGCGUUCGUUCGACAUCGUCGAUUACGCGUCUCGAGAAGACGAAACAGAGAUAUCCGGUGCGUUUCGACGCAAUCACACCUUGCCUUUUCGUCGAGGUGUCGGCCUCGAUUCGCUCGCCACCAGUUCCUCCGUUCGUCUGACGAAUCGAAGGAGGAACGCGUGCACCCAGGAGGCGGAAGUCGGGCCAGGAAACACGGUCCUCGUCGACGAUGCAUUCGGCCAAUUGACUACCUUGCAGAUCGAAUGCAAACCGAACAGAAGACGCAGAAAGAAGGACUGCAAACACUGUAGGAACAAGGCUGCCUCCUCGACGAACGAUGAAAACGACACGGUUCUAAGGAAGAACAGAGACAAUCAGCAAAGUUCGUACGCGGUGGAGUCAAAAGCUCCUCUAACGAUACUCGAUCCGAGUCAUUUAUCCGAUAUACCCGCGGUGUCGUCUGUAAAAAGGAUGGACGAGGUGAACGGAUGCAACAACUUGUCCUCGGUGUUUAGCAUCUCGGAAAAGGUAGCAGGAUCGAAGCUGAUCGAGUACGAGCGAAACAAUGGACAUCGGAAUCUUGUCAAGCCGACGGAGAUGAAGGGAAACGACGUAGUUUCAUCGGAGAAGAAAACGCGAACGGGGAUGAGGGUGAACUCUAUCUACUCUCAGGAUCGCUGGUACGCGAAGGAGACGUCUAAUAUAUUCUUCACCGAUGUCAAGGAACACUCUUCCUUUCAGAGGGCCAAUUCCCUGCCGCUGGGAAGCCAAACUCCGUCCUCCCAAAAUCGCAUCAACUUGCGACGAAGCGUCCGAGGAGAACCACCCCCGCAUCCGGCCAGACUUCGGAAACAUCGUCACGGUUGGACCAUGCAUCUGGCGCGUCCCAUCGAGACUUCCGGAUGCACCAGAUCGCUCGUUCUCCUCUUGAUUCUGAUAGUAACGCUGCUGGGAAUCGGCGCCAUGGCACUCUACAUCGUUUUCGAACCCGAGAAGCUGCAAAUGAUUCAACAGUACCUGAAAUCGUCGACGAACGAAUCGUCGAACGGGAACACGCUGCUGGCAGGCACGUUUUUGCACGACGCGAGCAGCAGGGAAUUGAACUAUACUUCGACGACACCUGCGAAUACCGUCGCGGCGAGUAUUCUUUCGAACGGUGAUCAAUCGCUUCCGGAGAACACCAUGGUGGAAUUCGAAACGGAAGCCGCCAGUACUCAGACCGUGAAUUCGACUCGAUACUGCGACGAUUGUUUGCCGGAGGAAGUUUGCGUGGCGUUGGUCGACGAGGAGGUACCGAUCUGUCGGGUCAGCCUCGACCCCCGCGAUCCGACUGGAUGCGCCGGCUUUUGUCUGGUCAACAAGCAAAAGUGUCAUCGUCUCGACGUGGAUGCUUUUAGGUGCGUGGACAUCGAGCACUAUUGUCUGGACGACGAGUGGACCUGCUCGAACACCCUCUGCAUCCCCGUCGACAAACGUUGCGACGGUCAUAUGAAUUGUUACGACCAUUCGGACGAGUACAAUUGCGUCUGCGACCCGGAGACGCAUUUCCAGUGCGGUAACGAGACUUCCUGCCUUCCGUUGGAAAAGAGAUGCGACGGCAAGAUAGAUUGCUGGGACGCGGCCGACGAGAUUAAUUGCACGUUAGGUCGUAAUCUCGGUUGGUCAUGUCCAUCGGGAAACGAGUUCACGUGCAGCAACGGGCAGUGCAUAUUGAAAGCGCGUUUUUGCGACGGCCUGCCGGACUGUCUCGACGGAUCCGACGAACCCCACGGAUGCCAAGGACGGUGCAACAAGCACGAAUUUACAUGCCAAAACAACAGAUGCAUCACGAAAGGAAUGAAGUGCAACGGUGUCGACGAUUGCGGGGACGGGACCGACGAGAGGCAUUGUAAAGAUCGAAUUUCCUAGCCGAUAAUCACGCGUUACAGUAUUCUUUUUCUAUAACAGAUAACCGUGUAAGUAAUUGUACAUAAUUGUGUUGUAUAGGCACACGCAGUGGUACGUAAUAAAUGGUUUUGACAAUCGUAAAUACUUAACACCAGGAUAAUAAUUAGGAAACUAUACUUUCUUCAUUUUUAUUUAUACGUUAUAUUUCCAAUUACAGUAGCAAUUCUUUUUACCACAAUGAUUAUUUUCUUGCGUGUCUUAACAUUAUUCUUCACCUAUUGUGAAUAAGAUAUAUAUAAUAUAUGUACGUCUCUGUGUGUGUCUCUCUGUGUGUGUGUGUGUAUUCAUAUAAGAAAGAUCUUAACUUGGAAGGUCGAUUAUUUUUUACUCGUGAAAUCGUACUUAUACACACACGUACAAGAAGAUUACGUAUACGUAGCUAUAUUUUUGUAUACAAUUAAUGAUUCCUCGAUGUUUUGUAUAAAGUAUUUUUCUUUUUUUUUUUCUCUUUUAAAUGUAU